GUCCCAGGCGGAAGAUGGCUGAAGUGUCGGAGAGGACGUUACAGCUGGCGGUCGUCUUGUCCUUUACCUCGGGGUUCAUCGUUGGCUGGCAGGCUAACAUCCUGAGAAGGAGAUUCCUAGACUGGAGGAAGAAGCGGCUGCAGUCGAAGCUGAUCGAGACGCAAAAGAAGCUGGACUUGGCUUAAGAGGAAGGUUAACGAAACUCGAUGCUCAGCAUGGGUCUCUGUUUCAUGGAAAUAACCCAUAUUCACAGAGAAGUUCCUGGAACGUUGACAAUGGCUGUGAGGAAACUGAAAUAAUCAACUUUGCAAAACAACCAUGCAAAGCACAUUUUCAUUUUUACAGAAAGCUAUUGCUUCGGUUCCUUUACGUGGUACACAAGAACUGAAAUGCUGCUCUAAAACCUUGAUUUUUAUGUGCAAAAUAUGAACUGAUUUAAAUCAUUUAUAGAUUUCAAGUAAGAUUUUUUAAAAAAAAGUUAAUGUCUGUAUUUUUGGGUGACAGAUACCCUGCGUUCCUAGAAUAUUUUUCACUCUUAAACAGAAUUUCUGUCAAAUGAACAAAUCUGUUUCAAAAAAAAUCUAACUUGUCUGGCUGAAAAAGUCUAAUGUUCAAAAUAGAUUUUCUCAAACUUAUUGUUAAAAAUCAUGUGCACAGACUGAAUUUAAAGUUUACCUAUGCUUGUGAUUUAGGGACAAACAAUGGAAUGAUUUAAAGGAAAGUCACUUCUGGAGUUUGAUUUAUAUCAGUUUUUUGUCUUCGUGGGAGGAAAGCUGUUCUAGUUUUGAGCUGGUCUGCUAGAUACUUUAAUUUUUUUUGGUGAUGAACUUUGCAAACUUAAACAAUUAGGACAGUAAAUAAACUUCAGGUUAAUGUGUUUGUAACAGGAAUAACAUACAUAGUAUAGUGUGUGAUUAGGAGUUAGUCAUGCAAACAAGUGCCUGUUGGGUAGUUUUACUGAAAGAUGAAUCCGUCACGGUAUUUAAGAGAAUUAGAUUAACCAAUGAAAAAUACAAAGCAACAUGGGGGGGGGGUGGGGAAGGAGAAUGGAAAAUAAGAUUGAACUGGAUAGCUCCAUCAAGGGGCUAAUAGCAGCACUGGGGAGAUGAUGUCACAAAUCUAUUUGUGGAGGUACUGCGAAUAAAACUCUAGCCAUAUUAAGACUUGGAGUUAUAAACUAUAAAAUAUUUUUGUCUUUUUCCUACUGAUUGUUACUAUUUGAAUCAUAUUCAGUUACAGUGAUGUGUAUGUUUUUCAUUUAUCACUCCAAACACACCAAGUGAUUUAUUUUUUCUCUCAGCUGUGCAUUCUGUAUCAAAACCUCAGGACUUUCAUUGCACAAACACGCUGUGUGGAUGACUAAGAAAUGCCUUUCAGCAACACUUCAGGCAUACCGUUCCAUCAGUACAAGAACUGUGCUAAUAAAGCGUUGGAUUUUGUUGUCA